AUGGCAGGUAUUUACAAUGGAGUUCAAGCUUUGAUAAGACAGAAUAAUCCACAAGCAAUUUUCAUUCCUUGCUCUGCUCACAGUUUGAACUUAUGUGCAGUUUACGCUAUUGAAUCAUCGGCUCCUGCAAAAUCCUAUUUUGGAAAUAUUCAAAAGCUAUACAAUCUGUUCAGCAGCAGCCCAGUUCGUUGGAAAAUUCUUCAGGAGGAGACAGGGCAAUCAUUACAUAAACUUUCUGUUACACAAUGGAGUUCAAGGAUUGAAUCAGUUAAGCCACUAGCAAAAAAGCCAAGAGAGAUCUUGAAAUUAUUACAUCGUCUAAAAGAGUUAGACCUUCCAGGCGAAAUUAACAACGUGAGUCUUCUGCUUCAAUCCACUCAACUCACUCUCGAUGAUGAAGUAAAGAUUCUAAAUGUCACUUUGAUGGAUCUGGAUCGAAUCCGUCUGUCUUGGGAUCUGAUUUUGAUAGAGGCAACAGAAGUUGCAAAGAACUUUAAAUUUGAUAAAAUAAUGUUUAGUGUGAAGAGAACGCGAAAAAAGAUCAUCUCAGAUGAAACUGCUGGUUACAACCACGAAGAAGCAUCAAAAAACUUUGAGUGUAAUGUCUUCAAUGUUGCACUCGACAAUCUGACUAGUCAAAUGAGAUCAAGAUUUAAAGUAAUAGAAGAGGAAUGUAGCAAGUUUUCCUUCCUUUGGUCUUUACAGAAAUCUCAAACAGACCAAGAACUAGGUUUAAAAGCUGAGAAUCUGGCUAAACUUUACCCAGAAGACUUAUGUAAAAACAAAUUUUCUGAUGAAGUUCGGCAUUUUUUUUCCGUAAGAAGAAAUAUUCUAGCCAGCGAAAAGCCUGUCGAACUUCUAAAUGAAGUUUAUGCAAAGGGGCUGCAUUCAAUAUUUCCGCAAGUGUGUGUUUCUCUUAGAAUCUUUCUAACAUUUCCCGUUUCAACAUCUGAAGGAGAAAGAUCUUCCAGCAAGUUAGCUAUCAUCAAAAAUUAUCUUCGUUCCACAAUGGGCCAGGAGCGAUUGUGCUACUUGAUGAUCCUUUCAAUCGAAUCAGAUUUAGCCAUUAACGUUAAUUCAAAUUUUGCUGCUAAGAAGGCUCGGAAGAUUUCAAUGCAAUGGACUCAGCAGCAUAAUUACACCUUGUUAAUGGAAGUUUUGACCUUCGAGCCAUGGCAGUUUAAACGUGGUUCAAAAGAAAGAGGAGAUUCUUGGGAAAAAAUAUUAAACUCUCUUAAUGGAUUACCAUUACCACCAGAUCCUUAUUUUAAAUUUGAAAGCGAUGGUGGUUGGCAAUCAAAAUAUGUUAUUGUUGUUGAGCCAUAUAGGCAAAACCGAGCAUUGUGCAUUAAAGCGCUAACUAAAUACCUUUUAGAAACUGGACCUUAA